CUGCAGCAAGAUUUUGCUCAUCAAAGCACUGGAUUACCAAUGAAAAGUUUGUUAGCUCAAGAAAUGUCGAAGCAGAAAGAAUCUAAAAGGAGGUCACCGAGCAUUAUAGCGAGAUUGAUGGGUCUCGAUGUGUUGCCGCCUCAGAGUUCUUCUUCUCAUAGACAACAAAAGUCUGUGGAGAGUCAGCAAGGCAGGAGCUGUGGAGGCACUUCUUAUGAUGGUUAUAAUAAAUCUCUUAGAAGGAGCUCAAAGAGUGAGCAAAAGUUUAAAGAUGUUUUCGAAGUUUUGGAUGCAAAGAAGGCAGAGAGCAACAGAGACUUGUAUCAUCAGGGGAGGGUGAAUGCUGCGAAUCUCACCCAGGCAGAGAUGGCUUUUAUACGGCAGAAGUUCAUGGAGGCUAAGCGUUUAUCAACUGAUGAGAAACUUCGUCAUUCUAAAGAGUUCAAUGAUGCUCUUGAGGCUCUAGACUCUAACAAGGACCUCUUACUGAAGUUUCUUCAGCAUCCUGAUUCGUUAUUCACUAAACAUCUGCAUGAUCUUCACAAGCCACGUUACGGUCAAGCACCAUCUCUGAAGUCUCCGAACAGCCAGAGGCAUGUAGAGAGUCUGAGAACUCAGAAAGUUGAUAGGGAUUUGUUAAGGAAGAGUCAUAGGUCGCCUCAUCAGCAUGGUGGUGGUUGUCCUAGCCGUUCUCAUACUAGGAACGUCUCUUAUGACACACUUGACUUACCAAAUGAGGAGCUGGGAAAGAGAAGCGAGUUGCAGCCAACCAAGAUUGUUGUUCUGAAACCUAACCUCGGUGAGCCGCGUUCUUCCGGUAGAACUGUUGCAUCGCCGAGCUCUUCUUCCGAUGAGUUCAGAGCAGAUCGUAGGCUUCCAUGCACCAGCAAUCAUGGCAGGCAUAAGAGUAAUGAAGACAUCCGCCUUUCAAGACAGAGUUCAAAAGACUCCGGAGAAUUUUCCAAGAUAAUGUCGAGGCAAAGGAAGGCGAGCUGUGGCAACGGUAGUAGUGCCAUGAGCUUUGAGACUUCAGGAUUCAGAGGAUAUGCAGGGGACGAAAGCUCAUCGGGGAGUGAUUCCGCGAGUGAAUCAGAGCUAGUGCCAGUAACUUCAAGAACAAGAACCGCCUAUAACCGUAAGAACUACCAUCGAUCUUUGCCUUCCAAGUCAUCAACAUCAUCUGUAACUAGGGAAGCCAAGAGGAGACUGUCAGAGAGAUGGAAGCUGACACACAAGUACGAGCAAGAGAUAGAGAUUAGUAGAAGCGGCACACUAGCUGAAAUGCUUGCAACUUCAGAUAGGGAGGCAAGGCCAGCAAGUUUUAAUGGGCUCGUUUUCGAAGAAGGGAUUAGUAAAAGAGUCGAGAGCAAUGUUCAGUGUUCGGAAUUGCCAGAACCGGUUGGAAUCAGCAGCAGGGAUGGUUGGAAAGGAUCCAGCUCAAGAAGCUUUUCGAAAUCCAAAACCAUCACGAACCAGGAAAGCACUUAUGGUUACACUAUAGUGCUUCCUAAGGAGUUGAUCACUCGAGAUGGAUUAGUGAAGGGAAGCUCUUCUCAUCAGUGGGAGUCCCAGUCACAGUCUUUCUUGUCAAGCAAAUCUAGACCUGGUAGUAAUAAAUCUCAUUCACCAUACAAUAGUUCGCCAGAGGUCAACAUCAGCCCAAGUUUAACAAAGUUCCUUUAUAUGAACGAUGGGAUUCAAAAAGAGAAGCUCUCUCCUUCUAAAGCACGUUGCAGUUUCUCAGUAGAUGCAGAUUCAGACACUGAGGAUAGUUCAGCUUCUGAUGAUAUCAAGACGGCAAUGUCUUCUGAAGCUCCAGAUUUGUCAACUGUCACCUCUUUAAAUGACCCUGAUAUCUCAAGAAUGCCAACAACUGAGAAUAUGAAUCAUUCUUCGGUUCCUGAACCACAGUCUCGUGAAAGCUCGAAGGAAGGAGACCAACCAAGUCCAGUUUCAGUUCUAGAAGCUUUCGAUGAUGAUGUUUCAUCGAGACUCAGGAUGCAGCUUCAGCUCCUUAAACUCGAGUCAGCCACUUACAACGAAGGUGCCAUGCUCGUGUCGAGUGAUGAAGACACAGAUCAAGAGGAGUCAUCCACAAUAACUGACGAGGCUAUGAUCAACCAGGAGCUCGGAGAAGAAGAAGACUGGAAGUCAUUGUACUUGGUCGAUCUCCUCGACAGCUCCAGGUUAAGUGACUCAGACCACACCACUGUCAUGGAAACAGCACCUGUAGAUCCGGCCUUGUUUGAGGAUCUCGAGGAGAAGUACUCCAACGUGAAAAACUCAAACCGGUUAGAAAGGAAGCUCCUUUUUGACCAGAUCAGCAGAGAGCUUAACCUGAUGCUGAAGCAGCAUUCGAAUCCACACCCUUGGGUUAAACCCACGAGGGUCUCUAAGAAAUGGGAUGCAAACAAGGUACAAGAGACUCUGCGAGAUUUGGUGACAAGCAAAGGAGAGAGGCCAAGCAAAGAUGAUGCGGAGGAGAAGGAGUUGCAGUGGCUGAGCUUGGAAGAUGACAUUGAUUCCAUAGGUAGAGGUAUUGAGGAAAUGCUGACAGAUGAGCUCAUAGCAGAGCUCGUGGUAGAUGCAAUUUUCUAG